AUGAGCUCACCUUUGUCCAUGUUGAAGAAAACAAGGCGCACUCCACUGCAGAGCCCUCUGGGUGAGCAAUGGGGCAGACAAAAGGUGCCUUUCAGGAGGAAUCUGUUCAAAGAAUUUCAGGCAGCGUUGGUUGAUGGUAACGAUGACGAUGAUGAUGAUGAGUCAUCUGAUCCAAAUCCUCCCCAACGCUCUCGCCCUCCAGCCAGCGACGCCUCCACUUCAAAGUCAAAGGCCCCGUUAAAGAAAAGUGCUCCACCGAGUGACUUUGAGCUCAUGUCUGCCAUGAUGCAGCGGGUGACCCUGCUGGAGAAAACAGUGAGGAGCCAAGCGCGGGAGAUCGAGUGCAAGAAUAAAAAGAUCUCUGUUUUGGAGGAGAAGCUGAGGAUUCAGAAAGAAUCAGAGAGUGCACAUGAUCUGAGUGGCAGAGAUGAUCUUGAAAGAAGGUGCCAGCAACUGCAGAAUCAAGUGCAUGAAAUGGAGGGCUUUCUAAAUGACUAUGGUUUGAUCUGGGUGGGAGAUGAGGAGAACAGUGACUCAGCUGGGUGUGAACAGACACACAGCUCAGGCACCUCCAGGGUCAAGGGUUUCCAUAUGAACUUUGACCUUGUGCUGCAGAGGAUCAGGGAGCUGAACAUACUCGCAGGGGAGGGAGAGUCUUAUGUGCAAUCGACAGCCACGGGGGCACAGCUGGCGAAAAAGGAUCCCAUUCAACUGAGGCUUUACUGCAACGGCAUUGUCAUGUUUGAUGGUCCUUUCCGCUCUUAUCAGGAGCAAAGCACCCAGCAGUGCAUGCAAGAUCUGAUGGACGGGUAUUUUCCAUCUGAGCUUCAGGAAAGAUUUCCAGAUGGUGUUCCCUUUGAGGUUCAUGACUUGCGAGAGGAGGAAUUUAUCUUCAGGCUACCGUGGGAUAAAUUUCCUGGUGAAGGACAGGCUGUCUGUGGGGGGAAAGAUGGAUCAUCAGAUGUUGCCAGCUAUCAAAUACCUGGCAAGAAACAGACCAUGGAUCAGUUCCUCAACAGGCUGCCAAAGAGGGUGGUCAAGGCUGGUCGAGUGAUUGAUAUCAGGGACUCAUUGAGAGCAGCCCUGCAGGGUUCAUCUGAAGCCCAGAGCAGUGACUCCGUGAUCCUCAUAGACACAGCAGCACUACGGGCGAUGAAAGAGAAGCUGCAGACGUUCAGCUCUGAGCGGCCGUCGUCAGCCCACAAUGUCAUCACGCUCAAGGUGAAGUCCGAGGAUGGGAAUCAUACUUACAUCUUGAAAAUGUGCUUCUCUGAAACAGUUGGCCACCUGCGACAAUAUCUGGACAAGCACAGAGGCGGAGGUCUCCCUGGUUAUGACAUCAUCAGCUCGUAUCCACGGGGCUGCUAUGACGACAACAGCAGGACGCUCCGAUCGUACGGACUCACCACUAAUGCUACCCUGCUGCUGCGGAAGAGAGAACACCUUCACUCAUUGGCCGGAGCCAAACAAAUGAACCCGUAAAAAGUUACGUCAGACUUUACACCAUACAGAGGGUUCCAACUUUUUCUCUUGCGAUACCAGUUCCAGUACCUCACCUCAGGGUAUCUGCUGAUACCUCGUGGUGUUCUGCACAGAGAGAAUAAAAAUACUGCAGUUAAAAAAAAAAUAAAUUAAAAAAAAAAUGACAGUGAAAUCAAAUGAAAUUGGAAACAAAUAAAACCGAAACAGAAUGUUUGAAUGAAAAUCU